UUUAAAUUGCUGCAUUUUGUUACAAAUAACCUUGAACAUUUUGUAUUUUGCUUUGUUGUAUUCGUGUAAAAUAAAUAAACAAUUAGAUGAGUAAUCUCCGUUUAGUUUUUCCUUAUCCCGUAUCACUGUAGGUGGAGUUGCAUAUUUACCAAUUUUCUCCUUCAAUUUAUUGCUCAUCCUUCACUUUAAUCAUUGGUGAUUAAUCAUUAUCGCCCUUUAUUUCGCAAUAAUGAAAGAAUGAAUUCUAACACGCCUGAUAUUCCAGAGCAUGGUGGUGAUGUAAUCUUCUCAGUUAAUGGCACAUCCUCCGAUCUUGAAGAAUUAUCGAAUGGUUCCCUUGAUUAUUCGAAUUUGUUGGCGUCUCUUCGAAAGCGAACAAUAGUGAGUGAUGAAGUUGUGGAGCCGGGGACGUUGAACGUGCUGUCUGCAAAAUACGAGAGUUUAGAUUAUGAUACUUGUGAAAAUCAUUUAUUGCUCGAUGAGGAAAGGAAGAAGGGAACCAGGUGUUUAAUAAAGAAAAAUUUGCAGCGAUGGUUGGUGUUUUUACUGAUUGGUGUUUGUACUGCGCUUAUCGCAUGUGCAAUAGAUAUAUCGAUAGAACAAUUAUCCGAAAUUAAGUAUGCCACUCUUAGUAAAUGUGUAGAUAAGUUUAUAGUAGAAGGAAAAUUGUAUAUACCAUAUUUUAUGUAUGUAUGCUUUAACAUCGUACCAGUAUUCAUUGGGGCAUCUUUAGUCGCAUUCGUUGAACCAAUUGCUGCCGGCAGUGGCAUACCGCAAGUAAAAUGUUACUUAAAUGGGGUCAAAGUGCCACAAGUGGUUCGAAUUAAGACACUCGUGGUAAAAAGUGUUGGGGUCGUUUUGUCAGUUGUGGGAGGUUUGGCGGGUGGAAAGGAAGGCCCAAUGAUACACUCGGGUGCAGUAGUUGCGGCCGGUAUAUCUCAGGGGAAAAGCACAACGUUCAACGUCGAUUUUUCGAUAUUCAAACACUUUCGAGAGGACCACGAGAAACGAGAUUUCGUUUCGGGCGGUGCAGCUGCAGGCGUAUCGGCAGCAUUUGGAGCUCCUGUCGGUGGUGUAUUAUUUAGUUUGGAGGAAGGUACGAGUUUUUGGAACCAAAGCUUAACGUGGCGAACUUUUUUCGCGUCGGUUAUUAGCACUUUUACGCUUAACGUUGUACUGUCGACGUAUCACGGCGUUCCGGGUAAUUUGAAUUAUCCCGGAUUACUUAAUUUAGGACAGUUUGAAAAGUUCUCCUAUCAAAUUUACGAGUUGCCGUUCUUUAUUCUGUUGGGUUCGUUUGGUGGGCUCUUAGGUGCCCUAUGGAAUUUUUUGAACUACAAGCUGUCCGUUUGGAGAAUAAGGUAUAUUCGUAAUAAGUGGUUGAAGGUUACUGAGGCGUGCCUUAUCGCUGCUAUUACUGCAACUGCAGGUUUUCUCAUGAUGUUUCUGAUUGACGAUUGUAAACCUCUGGGGCAGGACCCUACGAAAUUCCCAACGCAGAUGUAUUGCGGUGACGGUGAAUACAAUGUACUGGCAAGCAUAUGGUUUCAAACACCUGAAGCAUCAGUUCGCUCGCUGUUUCACGAUCCUCCAAACACUCAUAAUGCUUUAUCUCUGUCCGUGUUUGUCGUCGUCUACUUCUUAUUAUCUUGUGCAACUUUUGGGCUCGCGUGUUCAAUUGGAUUAUUCAUUCCUACAUUACUAACGGGUGCAGCAUGGGGACGUCUAGUUGCAGUUGGUUUAUUGCAACUCUUUCCAAAUGCGACCGCACUCGUACAUCCUGGCAAAUAUGCGCUAAUAGGUGCAGCUGCGCAAUUAGGAGGCGUGGUAAGAAUGACGAUUAGCCUUACCGUUAUUAUCAUGGAAACAACUGGAAAUAUUUCGUUCGCUUUACCACUUAUUUUAACACUGAUCGCCGCUAAAUGGACAGGAGAUUUUUUUAACGAAGGCAUUUAUGACACUCACAUACAGUUAAACGGUGUUCCUUUACUACCUUGGGAACCGCCACCUUUUGUGCACAAUGUGUAUGCGAGUGAGGUAAUGUCUCAUCCAGUGGUCACCUUAAGGACGAUAGAUAAAGUUGGCCAUAUAGUCGAAUUGCUGCAUCUUACUACUUAUAAUGGAUUUCCUGUCGUCGAUCCGCCUGUUCGAGAUGAGCAUGGUCGUCCCACCUACGGUCGAUUGCGAGGUCUCAUACUGCGCUCUCAGUUAAUUGUAAUUCUACAAAGACGAUUAUUUAAUGAAACGUGCGACUCUUGGGAGAAUGUUUCUUCAUCCAUAUUUCGGGACGAAUAUCCACGUUAUCCUACAAUAGACGAGGUUUUUAUAAGUAACGAAGAUAAGAUGUAUACAGUCGAUCUGAGACCGUUCAUGAACCCGUCACCGUACUCGGUCUUACAUUCCACGUCCUUAUCGAGGAUGUUUAGACUCUUUCGUGCGUUGGGUUUACGGCACUUGCCGAUCGUAAAUGACAGCAACGAAGUGGUCGGGAUGGUUACACGAAAAGAUCUGGCGAGGUAUCGCGUGUGCCGCCAUCAAGGCAAAAUGUACGUAGAUGAAUUAUUAAUAUCCAAAGAAUUGUAAACUAAUUGUAUAUAUAAAGCACUUUAUUUAUUAACUUAAAAUAUAUUGUUAUGUUAUGUAUA